AUGAGGAUGCUGGUUCAGGUGUUGGCAUCCGAUCGCCUCCCUUCUGGUCUGUUUACCAACCAGCCAUUAACGGGGCGCCGCUGUGCUCACACCGGAGGCUCCCUGCUCCAGAUCCCCAGCACGUUUCCUUUUGCAGAAACCCUGGGUGGUGUGGAUACCAUUGUCAAGAUCCCGCCACACUUGCUGAGGGAGAAAUGCCUGCUGCCUCUCCAGUUGGCUUUGGAAUCCAAGAACGUGAAGCUGGCCCAACAUGCCUUGGCAGGGAUGCAGAAGCUUCUGUCAGAAGAGAGGUUUGUAUCCAUGGAAACGGACUCUGAUGAGAAGCAGCUGCUCGAUCAGAUCCUGAACGCCGUGAAAGUGACGCCGGCCCUCCACGAAGACCUGCAGGUGGAAGUGAUGAAGGUUUUACUCUGCAUCACCUACGCCCCGACAUUUGACCUGAAUGGGAGCGCGGUGCUGAAGAUCGCCGAGGUGUGCAUUGAGACAUACACCUGUAGCUGUCACCAGCGCAGCAUAAACACUGCUGUGCGGGCAACUCUCAGUCAGAUGCUGAGUGACUUGACCUUACAGUUGCGACAAAGGCAGGAGAAUACGAUAAUUGAAAACCCGGAUGUCCCACAGGAAUUCGGGAAUCAAGGGUCAACAGUAGAGGUCCUCUGUGACGACCUUGUGUCCGUGCUCACUGUUCUGUGUGAGAAGCUACAAGCCGCCAUCAGUGACAGUCAGCAGCUGCAGCUGCUGUACCUGGAGUGCGUCCUGUCGGUGCUCAGCAGCUCCUCCUGCUCCAUGCACCUGCACCGAGGCUUCACCGACCUGAUCUGGAAAAACCUUUGCCCUGCUCUCAUCGUGAUCCUGGGGAAUCCAGUUCAUGACAAAACCAUCACCUCUGCUCACAGCAGCAGCCCCAGUGCUAGCGCGGAAUCCGACUCUGCGUGCCCAGGAGUUUCCGACCAUGGCCGGGGCUCGGGCUGUUCCUCCACCGCCCCUGCCCUGAGCGGGCCCGUGGCUCGGACCAUCUACUACAUUGCAGCCGAGCUGGUCCGGCUGGUGGGGUCGGUGGACUCCAUGAAGCCCGUGCUCCAGUCCCUCUAUCACCGCAUGCUGCUCUAUCCCCCACCGCAGCACCGGGUGGAAGCCAUCAAAGUCAUGAAAGAGCUACUUGGGAGCCCACAGCGUCUCUGCGAUUUGGCAGGACCCAGUUCCACUGAACCUGAAUCCAGGAAAAGAUCAAUUUCAAAAAGAAAGUCUCAUCUGGAUUUUCUCAAACUCAUCAUGGAUGGCAUGACUGAAGCGUGCAUCAAGGGUGGCAUUGAAGCUUGUUACGCCGCCGUGUCCUGCGUCUGCACCUUGCUCGGGGCCUUAGACGAGCUCAGCCAGGGCAAGGGCUUGAGCGAAGGCCAGGUGCAGCUGCUGCUGCUGCGCCUGGAGGAGCUGAGGGACGGCGCUGAGUCCAGCAGGGACUCCAUGGAGAUCAACGAGGCCGACUUCCGCUGGCAGCGGCGCGUCCUGUCCUCCGAGCACACGCCGUGGGAGUCGGGGAACGAGAGGAGCCCCGACAUCAGCAUCAGUGUGACCACUGACACGGGCCAGACCACUCUGGAGGGAGAGUUGGGUCAGACCACACCUGAGGAGCCCUCGGAAAACCACAAGAAUGGCCUCAAGUCCCCGGCCAUCCAGGAGGGCAAGGAGCCGCCGAGCAAAGCGUCCGAACCAGAGGCGGGGGACCAACCAGACGUCGUUCAGAGGAGCCACAUGGUUGCCUACCCCGACAUAACGAACUUCCUGUCGGUGGACUGCAGGAUGCGCUCCUACGGGUCGAGGUACAGCGAGAGCAACUUCAGCGUGGACGACCAGGACCUCUCCAGGACGGAGUUCGAUUCCUGCGACCAGUACUCGAUGGCAGCGGAAAAGGACUCCGGGAGGUCUGACGUGUCGGACAUUGGCUCGGACAACUGCUCCCUGGCCGAUGAGGAGCAGACCCCUCGGGACUGCCUGGGCCACAGGUCCCUGCGAACCGCCGCUCUGUCCCUCAAGCUGCUGAAGAACCAGGAGGCCGACCAGCACAGCGCCCGGCUGUUCGUGCAGUCGCUCGAGGGCCUCCUCCCUCGGCUCCUGGCCCUGCCCAGCGUGGAGGAGGUGGACUCGGCCCUGCAGACCUUCGCCUCUACCUUCUGCUCAGGCAUGAUGCACUCCCCAGGAUUCGACGGGAACAGCAGCCUCAGCCUGCAGAUGCUGAUGAACGCGGACAGCCUGUACACGGCCGCGCACUGCGCUCUGCUGCUCAACCUGAAGCUGUCCCAUGGCGACUACUACCGCAAGCGGCCGGCCCUGGCCCCGGGCACGAUGAAAGAGUUCAUGAAGCAGGUGCAGACCAGCGGGGUGCUGAUGGUCUUCUCCCAGGCCUGGAUUGAGGAGCUCUACCAUCAGGUGCUCGACAGAAACAUGCUGGGAGAGGCUGGCUACUGGGGCAGCCCUGAGGACAACAGCCUCCCGCUCAUCACCAUGCUGACCGAUAUCGAUGGCUUGGAGAGCAGCGCAAUUGGGGGCCAGCUGAUGGCCUCAGCAUCUACAGAGUCUCCUUUUGCCCAGAGCAGGAGGAUCGAUGACUCCACGGUGGCAGGUGUGGCGUUUGCCCGCUAUAUUCUGGUUGGCUGCUGGAAGAACUUGAUCGAUACUCUGUCAACCCCCCUGACCGGCCGCAUGGCGGGGAGCUCCAAAGGGCUGGCCUUCAUUCUGGGAGCUGAGGGCAUCAAAGAGCAGAACCAAAAAGAACGAGAUGCCAUCUGCAUGAGCCUGGAUGGGCUGCGGAAAGCGGCGCGGCUGAGCUGUGCCCUAGGAGUCGCGGCCAACUGUGCCUCGGCCCUUGCCCAGAUGGCAGCGGCCUCCUGUGUCCAGGAAGAGAAAGAAGACAAGGAAGCCCAGGAACCCGGCGACGCCAUAGCGCAAGUGAAACUAAAAGUGGAGCAGAAACUGGAGCAGAUCGGGAAGCUGCAGGGGGUGUCGCUGCACACAGCCCACGUCCUGUGCAUGGACGCCAUCCUCAGUGUAGGCCUGGAGAUGGGGAGCCACAACCCGGACUGCUGGCCACACGUGUUCAGGGUGUGUGAGUACGUGGGCACCCUGGAGCAUACCCACUUCAGCGAUGGCACCUCUCAGCCCCCACUGGCCAUCAGCCAGACCCAGAAGGCACCCGGAGGCCCUGGACUCCUUGGGGACCCGGAAUGUGAGGGCUCACCCCCGGAGCAGAGCCCGGAGCAGGAGAGCUCCCUGAGCGCGGCCCCCGUCAUCCAGCCCCUCUCCAUCCAAGAACUCAUCAGGGAAGGCAGCCGAGGCCGGGCCUCCACCUUCCGAGGGGGCAGCCUCAUGACCGGGAGCAGCGCUGCCAAGGCCGUGCUCACGCUGUCCACGCAGGCCGACAGGCUCUUUGAAGAUGCUACUGAUAAGCUGAACCUCAUGGCUUUGGGAGGUUUUCUUUACCAGCUGAAGAAAGCGUCGCAGUCCCAGCUUUUCCAUUCUGUCACGGACACAGUUGAUUACUCGCUGGCAAUGCCAGGAGAAGUGAAAUCCACCCAGGACCGGAAGAGUGCCCUCCACCUGUUCCGCCUGGGGGAUGCCAUGCUGAGGAUCGUGCGCAGCAAGUCAAGGCCGCUGCUCCACGUGAUGCGCUGCUGGAGCCUCGUGGCCCCGCACCUGGUGGAGGCUGCCUGCCAUAAAGAAAGACAUGUGUCUCAGAAGGCUGUUUCCUUCAUCCAUGACAUACUGACCGAGGUCCUCACUGACUGGAGUGAGCCACCUCAUUUCCACUUCAAUGAAGCACUCUUCCGACCCUUUGAACGCAUUAUGCAGCUGGAGUUGUGUGACGAAGAUGUCCAAGACCAGGUCGUCACAUCCAUUGGUGAGCUGGUUGAAGUGUGUUCCACCCAAAUCCAGUCGGGCUGGAGGCCCUUGUUCAGCGCCCUGGAAACGGUGCACAGCGGGAGCAAGUCCGAGGUGAAAGAGUACCUCGUUGGCGAUUACUCCAUGGGAAAAGGCCAAGCUCCAGUGUUCGAUGUAUUUGAAGCUUUUCUCAAUACCGACAACAUCCAGGUCUUUGCUAAUGCAGCCACUAGCUACAUCAUGUGCCUUAUGAAGUUUGUCAAAGGACUGGGGGAGGUGGACUGUAAGGAGAUUGGAGACUGUGUCCCGGGACCAGGAGCCACGGCCCCAGAUCUGUGCCUGCCUGCCCUGGAUUACCUCAGGCGCUGCUCUCAGUUAUUGGCCAAAAUCUACAAAAUGCCCAUGAAGCCAAUAUUCCUUAGUGGGCGACUUGCUAGCUUGCCUCGAAGACUUCAGGAGCAGUCAGCGAGCAGUGAGGAUGGAAUUGAGUCGGUCCUGUCUGAUUUUGAUGAUGACACUGGUCUGAUAGAAGUCUGGAUCAUCCUGCUGGAGCAGCUAACAGCAGCUGUGUCCAACUGUCCACGGCAGCACCAACCACCAACCUUGGAUUUACUCUUCGAGCUGUUGAGAGAUGUUACCAAAACACCUGGACCAGGGUUUGGUAUCUAUGCAGUUGUUCAUCUCCUCCUUCCUGUGAUGUCCCUUUGGCUCCGUCGCAGCCAUAAAGACCAUUCUUACUGGGAUGUGGCCUCUGCGAACUUCAAGCAUGCCAUUGGCCUGUCCUGUGAGCUGGUGGUGGAGCACAUCCAGAGCUUUAUACACUCAGACAUCAGGUAUGAGAGCAUGAUCAACACCAUGCUGAAGGACCUCUUUGAGUUGCUGGUAGCCUGCGUGGCCAAGCCCACGGAAACCAUCUCCAGGGUGGGCUGCUCCUGCAUUAGGUACGUCCUCGUGACGGCGGGCCCUGUGUUCACGGAAGAAAUGUGGAGGCUGGCCUGCUGUGCCCUGCAGGACGCAUUCUCUGCCACCCUCAAGCCCGUGAAGGACCUGCUGGGCUGCUUCCACAGCGGCACCGAGAGCUUCAGUGGGGAAGGCUGCCAGGUGAGGGUGGCAGCCCCCUCCUCCUCGCCCAGUGCCGAGGCCGAGUACUGGCGUAUCCGAGCCAUGGCUCAACAGGUGUUUAUGUUGGACACCCAGUGCUCACCAAAGACUCCAAACAACUUCGACCAUGCGCAGUCCUGUCAGCUCAUUAUUGAGCUGCCUCCUGAUGAAAAGCCAAAUGGACACACCAAGAAAAGUGUUUCUUUCAGGGAAAUUGUGGUGAGCCUACUGUCUCAUCAAGUGUUACUCCAGAACUUAUAUGACAUCUUGUUAGAAGAGUUUGUCAAAGGCCCCUCUCCGGGGGAGGAGAAGACCCUCCAAGUGCCGGAAGCCAAGCUGGCCGGCUUCCUCAGAUACAUCUCCAUGCAGAACCUGGCCGUCAUCUUCGACCUGCUGCUGGACUCCUACCGGACGGCCAGGGAGUUCGACACCAGCCCGGGGCUGAAGUGCCUGCUGAAGAAAGUGUCCGGCAUCGGCGGCGCCGCCAACCUCUACCGCCAGUCCGCCAUGAGCUUCAACAUCUACUUCCACGCGCUGGUCUGUGCGGUGCUCACCAAUCAAGAAACCAUCACUGCCGAGCAGGUGAAGAAGGUCCUUUUCGAGGACGAGGAGAGGAGCACCGAUUCGUCCCAGCAGUGUUCGUCGGAAGAUGAAGACAUCUUCGAGGAGACGGCCCAGGUGAGCCCCCCGCGGGGCAAGGAGAAGAGGCAGUGGCGGGCGCGGAUGCCGUCCCUCAGCGUCCAGCCCGUCAGCAACGCCGACUGGGUGUGGCUGGUCAAGAGGCUUCACAAGCUGUGCAUGGAGCUGUGCAACAACUACAUCCAGAUGCACCUGGACCUGGAGAGCGGCCUGGAGGAGGCGCCCGCCUUCCGGAGCGACCCCUUCUUUACCCUGCCCUCCUUCCCGUCCGAGUCCUCCACGCCGUCCACCGGGGGCUUCUCGGGGAAAGACACCCCUUCCGAGGACGACCGGAGUCAGAGUCGGGAUCACGCCGGCGAGCCCCUGAGCCUGAGGGGGGGCGGCGGGGACGCGCCGAUGCUGCCCCCGAGCCCCAAGGUGGACAAGAAGGACCCCGGCCGGAAGAAGGAGUGGUGGGAGAGCGCGGGCAACAAAAUCUACAACAUGGCCGCCGACAAGACCAUCUCCAAGUUGAUGACGGAAUACAAAAAGAGGAAACAGCAGCACAACCUGCCCGCGUUCCCCAAAGAGGUCAAAGUGGAGAAGAAGGGGGAGCCCCUGGGCCCCCGGGGCCAAGACUCGCCGCUGCUUCAGCGGCCCCAGCACUUGAUAGACCAGGGACAGAUGCGGCACUCCUUCAGCGCGGGCCCCGAGCUGCUGCGCCAGGAGAAGCGGCCGCGCUCGGGCUCCACCGGCAGCUCCCGGAGCGUCUCCGCGUGGACCAACAUGGUGCUAACAGUCCUCAAUCAGAUUCAGAUCCUUCCAGACCCGACCUUCACGGCCCUCCAGCCAGCGGUGUUCCCGUGCAUCAGCCAGCUGACCUGCCAUGUGACGGACAUCAGAGUUCGCCAGGCUGUGAGAGAGUGGCUCGGCAGAGUGGGCCGCGUCUACGACAUCAUAGUGGAGCGAGUUCCCCGGCGGCCGCGGGCGCACACCGCGCUGGAUCCCCGCCAGGCAGCAGCUCAGCCCGGGCUGCGGGCGGACACCAUGCGCGGCCCGCUGGGCAGCAGCUGGCGGAAGUUCGGCCACGCGGGCAGGGGCACCUACGAGUGGCAGACGAGCGAGCCGAGCCUCCGUCUCCAGGAAGCCCAGCUGCAGGUCUGUACCGGCCACUUCGGCCUUUUCUCCCCCGAGCGUGUCAGUGUCUAA